AUGGCUGCGGACGGCGAGAGGUGGGUGGGCCUGGCGGUGGACUUCUCGGAGGGGAGCCGCGCGGCGCUGCAGUGGGCGGCGGACAACCUGCUCCGCGCCGGCGACAACCUGCUCCUCCUGCACGUCCUCAAGGACCCCGACUACGAGCAGUGCGAGACCCUCCUCUGGGAGGCCUCCGGCUCCCCUUUGAUCCCCCUCUCGGAGUUCUCUCACCCUUCAACUGCAAAGAAAUAUGGGGUGAAGCCUGAUGCUGAAACACUUGACAUGCUCAACACCAUAGCUAAGCAGAAGGAGGUUGCUGUGGUUUCCAAAGUCCUGUUUGGAGAUCCCCGCGAGAAGCUGUGCCAAGCCAUCCAUGACAUGCCCAUCAGCUGCCUGGUCAUUGGGAGCAGGGGCCUUGGCAAGCUCAAGAGGGUGCUCUUGGGCAGCGUCAGCGAUUACGUCGUGAACAACGCCGCCUGCCCGGUCACCGUUGUCAAGCCAGCGAGUAACCAUGCCUGA